UAAUUUUAAUGGCCUCCGUCGAGCUUGCCCCCACUUACGCUGCGCUCAUCCUUGCUGAUGAUGGAAUCGGAAUCACCGCCGGCAGAAUUUUAGCUUUAACCACUGCAGCUGGCGUCGACAUGGAACCGAUCUGGGCUGAUCUAUUAGCGAAAGCUCUGGAGGGCAAGGAAAUCAAGGAACUCUUGUCCCACAUUGAUCCGGGUGGAAAUUUGGACAAUGGAACGUCCGCAGUGAUAGCCUCUAACACGGCGGCUACCACUGACUCUGAAGGACAUGUUGAUGAAAGUGGAGAAAGCCAAGAUGGGGACGACAGCGAAGACGAAAUAAUUUUUUCUGGACUUAUGGACUUUGGAUUCUAGAAAAUCAGAUGAUCGAGGUGCAUUCGGUCAACCUCACUUGGAUCUGAAAUAAUGAUUGUUAGAACCAUUCGUGAUUGAAACCGCAUUUCAUGUCAGCAAACCAUUUCCAAAUAUCAUCACCUCGCCCGCAAUUGAGGGUUUUCCUUAAAUAAAAUUCAUUCC